AUGGAGAUCCUUGGCAAGGGCCCAGAGGGCCCGGUCACCUGCCCGGUCAUUGCCACCAGCCCCAGUUUCAUCUGCAUCACCGCAAAGUCUCCCAAAGCGAGCGCUCAGUUUGUGCUUCCAGAGACCUGCACCAUCCAGGAGUUCAAGGACGAAAUCGCCAAGCGCUUCCAGUGUGAGACCAGCCAGCUGGUGCUCGUCUUCUUCGGGAGGAUCUUGAAGGACCAGGCCACCCUCCGGCAGUGCGGGAUCGGUGACGGCAUGACCGUCCACCUGGUGGUCAGGUCCCAGCAGAGGGAGCAGGAGGACCCGCCCCAGUUGCCCUUCGUGCCCAGGGCCCCCGUGUGUGCCCAAGCGCCACCCCACGGCACCCUCCGCUCUGCCCCGUUCAGCCGGGGCUCGUGGGGCCCUCCGGAGGCAGGCCUCUCGAACACGGAGUGGCCGCCGGUGCCCACGUCAGAGGUGAUCGUGCAGAAGGUGCGGCAGGUGAUCCUGGCCAACCCAGAAAUCCAGCAGCUGGCCCAGCAGGUCCCCUCCAUCGGCCACAUCCUGAACAACGCAGACAUCAUGCACGUCAUACUGGACAAGAUGCGGGAAAUCAUGGACAUGGCACGCAACCCCGAGAUGCUGCCGGACCUGAAGAGCCCCGACCAGGCCCUGGUCAGCCUCCAGAGCAACAUCCCCGGGGGGGACAAUCCCUUGAGGCAGCUGAACAGUGAGAUGCCGGAGCCGGGGCUGAGCGCGGGGCAGGACUGCUUUGUGUUCAACCCUUAUGCCACCUUGGUGAGAAGCCCCGGCUUGUACCCAGAGCAGGGGACUCUGGGGGGCCAGGGCCCCCGCCCGGACAGCCAGGAGCCCCUGGUGCCCCGUCCUCUUGCCUCUCAGAGUACCACCAGCAUUUGCAGCGAGGAGGGUGGCGCCUCCACCCACUGGGCCCCUCCUCCGGGGCACUGCUUCUCCUUGCCCAGCCCCAUCGGGCACUGCUCGGAGACCGGGCCGUUCGGCACGGGAGGCAGCCUGAGCCCAGACCCUGCUGAGAUCCCCAUGAUGAUCGUCAGCCUCUGCAACGCGUACACCAAGCGCAUGAUGUUCUCCCUCAUGCAGAACGCGCUGCUGGCCUCCCAGAAUGCGCAGGCAGGGCAGCAGGAGCAAAUCAAGGACCAGGUGUCGAACCUCUCCCAGCAGAUGCAGAGCCCGGAGAUGACAGCAGCCAUGUCCAACCCCACGGCCAUCCAGGCCUGGGUGCAAAUGGAGCAGGGCCUGCAGACGCUCCUGGCAGAAGCGCCCGUGCUCCUGCCGUGGUUUAUGCUGCGCUUGCGAGGGCUGGAGAGCUUGGCGGGAGGGAACCAGGGGCCCAACGGCCCCGCCUGCCAAAGCACAGCCGCUGCUGAGUAG